AUGAGCUUAAAGGAUAUCCAGAGUGAGCUCAAGCGUGCGACAUACUACAAAGACACAGCAGAAGCAUUCAUCCCGUAUGAACGCGUCCGAGAGAUAUGGGCCGGUAAUCGGCUGGAACAGUUUCUGAAGACCUGUGAUCCAAGUCUAGGUAUCUCGGAGAUAGAUGCAGCGCGUCAUGGUUUGUUGCGUACGAUAUCUAUCCUCGCGAGUAUCGCUCCCCGAGACUGGCCAGGGUGGUCGAGGUUCAAAGACAUUUUCUUCCGGCAAGAUGAGCUUGUCGCCGAUCGUCGCUGGGACAAAAAUACCCUCGUGCUCACCAAGGAGGAACUUGAGGACGACACCUUUCUUGGGGAUGCCCUCCUGGUGCGUGCUUUCAGGGAUGAUAGGUGGAUUUAUUUUCCAAUAGUUUUGAAAGGGAAUAAGCAAGACCCUUAUGGAGAGGACCUCCGGGUACCACUAUUUCAAGAGGACCAUGUGGUUCGACAGGGUGGCUUUGGGAAAGUGACCAAGGAGAUAAUACCCCCAAAUCAAAUCAUCAUAGGUCAUUUAAGCGACCAGCUCGGUAUACCAGACGCGCCUCAUCCAGUCAAACUCAUAGUUGCCCGAAAGCGCUUCCCCAAGGGAAAUUAUGACGUUGAAGUCAGACAUCUGAAACAUCUCCGAUCAAGCCUGUCCGGCCACAAGCGAAUUGUUUCUGAGCUGGCAAUAUUUACCAUUAGAAAUGAGUUGAACAUCAUCAUGCCGUGGGCGGACAUGGACUUGGAAGAUUUCUUGGUUGGAGGUUACAGAGAGAUGCAACCCGCCCCAUGUCUGAGCGAUCUAAUACAGGAGUCCAGAAAUGUUGCAUCUGCCAUUGAUUUUCUGCACACACAUCUCCAACUCGAAAGCGAAUGGCCCGAGUUUCACCACCAAGCAAUCUGCCACGCGGAUAUCAAGCCCCAGAAUAUUUUGGUCUUCAAACGCGAUGUCUCGUCUACGGGAGUUUGGCGAAUUACCGAUUUUGGUGUCUCGCGAAUUGCACAUCGUGACAUAUCGGGAGAUUCAAAUUACAUGACUAGUAUCAAGGACCAUGCUCCAAGAGGGGGCACAUACCGGGCACCAGAGGCCCAGUCUCAACGAAGGAGCGACGUCUGGUCAUUUGGGUGCAUAUUAGUGCGCGUCUUUGCCUUGGGACUUGAUCCUGAGAGUCUGUCAGAACUUGACAGAAUGCGAAGAGAACCGCUCAAUGCACGCGCUCACGACGAUUGUUUCUAUCGAGGAUCUCCUCCCGCUCUCAAUCCAGCCGUCGAAACUUGGAUUGAGAAUUUACCAACCCGAUAUCCCAUUCCUCACAACCCCGUUUUCUUUCAGGAAUUGCAGAAGCUCCUUCGCUCAAUGCUUGAGAUAAAUUACCACAGACGCUCAUCGGCAAGCGAAGUUCAAAGAAGUUUACACAGACUUCAUUCCUCUAGCAUAUCAAACUUUACUCCUCGAAGCUCAGUAGGCGGAGCAAGCAAAGGAGUGGGUGUUCUUGUCACUGUCAUGAAGUCUGGCGACAUCGACCAGGUCCGCGAAAUUCUGCUAGACGAGGUCGAUGUGGAACAAUGCCAUGAGAACGAACGGCCUUUGAUCUAUGCCAUUGAAAUGGCCAAUGCUUCUAUGAUAAACGCGCUUUCUGAGUAUCAGCGAAAGUUCCUCAACCUAAACUUGGACGUGCGAACCCCCUCGUUUAAAAGGCAAACGCCACUCUAUCUUGCGGUUUGCAAGGGUGAUUUCGACGUCGUGAAAGCUGUGAUUGAUGCUUAUGUUGGUCCUGAAUCCCACGCCAAUGUCAGUCCUUUGUUGAAUGAACUGUGCGAGGAUAAGACUCCGCUCAUGCAAGCAGCCUUCCUUGGUCAGGCCCGUGUGGUCUCAUUGCUUUUACAACGCGGUGCAGAUCACAGAAUCUGCGUGCAGCAUCAAAAGUUAAACUGCUUACAUUAUGCGGUGAAGAUAAAUAAUCUCGCGCGAGAAGACGUUAUCAGGGCGUUCAAGGGCAAUAUGGUUUUCGAUCAGCUCCCACCCGAAAAUCCUCUCGAUAGUUCAGACAAUAUCUCAAGCACGGCAGAAUAUGAGACGCCGAUGAUGCUGCACGUCAGUCUCGCGCGGGAAGGUGUGGAGAUAGACUCUUUGUGGCGAAAUAAGUUCAAGGCACUGUUGGAAGGAGGAGCGGAUGUGAAUAGGAGAUACAAACCAGGAACCAUUUUGGAGAUAAGUCUCCUGCAAAUGGCUGCAUUUGAAAGGAGGGAACUGCUUGCGAAAGUGCUUGUUGAUGCGGGUGCAACACUACCAGAAGGCUAUGUCAUACCGCCAGGAAGUUCUCAUGAAAUGAAAAAGCUUCUCAAGAAAGCGCGCCGUGAGUAA